UUACCUUCCCCUCCGUCGCCGGAUUUCUCAGGUAAGAAACCGAAGCCUACCCACUCUUCUCGUUACUGCUCGACAUGGGAUCGUACUUGACGCCAGAGGAGACUAUUUUCCGGUCGAAGUUACCGGACAUCGCCAUCGACAACCGGCGGCCGCUGCACGAUUACUGCUUCGAACGGCUGGCGGACUUGGGCGACUGCCCCUGCCUAAUCGACGGCGCAAGCGGCGCCGUCAUGAGCUACGCCGAGGUGGACCUCGCGUCCAGGCGCGUCGCCGCGGGUCUUCUCCGGCUCGGCGUCGGCAGGAGGGAGGUGAUCAUGAUUCUGUUGCGGAACUCGCCGGAGUUCGUCCUCGCCUUCCUCGGCGCCUCCCGCCACGGCGCCGUGGCGACAACGGCGAAUCCGUUCUACACCCCCGCAGAGAUUCACAAGCAGGCGGCGGACGCCGGAGCGAGGGUGAUCGUCACGGAAUCGUGCUACGUGGACAAGGUGCGGGAGUUCGCGCGUGAGCGAGGGGUGGUGGUCGUCUGUGUGGACGAUCCUCUGCCGGAGGGCUGCAGGAGCUUCUCGGAGUUAACGAAGGAAGCGGAGGAAACAGAGGAGGAGGAGGAGGAGAUCGACGCGGACGAAGUAGUGGCGCUGCCGUACUCAUCGGGGACGACGGGGCUUCCCAAGGGGGUGAUGCUGACUCACCGGAGCCUGAUCACGAGCGUGGCGCAGCAGGUGGACGGCGACAACCCGAACCUCUACUUCCGGAAGGAAGACGUGCUGCUCUGCGUCCUGCCUCUCUUCCACAUUUACUCCCUCAACUCGGUGCUGCUCUGCGGCCUCCGCGUCGGCGCCGCCAUCCUCCUCAUGCGCAGGUUCGAGAUCUCCGCCAUGUUGGAGCUGGUGCAGCUCCACCGCGUCACCGUCGCGCCCUUUGUCCCGCCCAUCGUGCUCGAGUUCGUCAAGAGCUCCCUCGUCGACGGCUACGAUUUGUCCUCCAUCCGCAUCGUCAUGUCGGGGGCCGCUCCCAUGGGGAAGGAGCUCGAGGACAAGUUCAUGGGCAAGCUCCCCAAUGCCACGUUGGGCCAGGGGUACGGGAUGACGGAAGCAGGGCCGGUGCUGGCGAUGUGUCUGGCGUUCGCCAGGGAGCCUUUUCCGGUGAAGUCCGGAGCCUGCGGCACGGUGGUGAGGAACGCCGAGCUCAAGAUCGUGGACCCUGACACCGGCCGCCCGCUCGGCCGCAACAAGAGCGGAGAGAUCUGCAUCAGGGGAGAACAAAUCAUGAAAGGGUAUCUGAACGAUCCGGAAGCCACGAAGAACACGAUCGACGAGGAAGGCUGGCUGCACACCGGCGACAUCGGCCUGGUCGACGACGACGACGAAAUCUUCAUCGUCGACAGGCUGAAAGAGAUCAUCAAGUACAAGGGCUUCCAGGUUGCGCCGGCGGAGCUCGAAGCGCUGCUCAUCGCCCACCAUGACAUCGCCGACGCUGCCGUAGUCCCGAUGAAAGAUGAGGCCGCCGGAGAAAUCCCCGUGGCCUUCGUCGUCCGGUCAAACGGCUCACAGAUCACCGACGACGAGAUCAAGCAGUACGUCUCCAAGCGGGUGAUCUUCUACAAGAGGAUCGGGAAGGUGUUCUUCGUGGAGGCCAUUCCGAAGGCGCCAUCUGGCAAAAUUCUGCGGAAGGACCUGAGAUCGAGGCUCGCAAGUCCAUUCCCAUAAAAUGAUUUACAAGUGUCUUUGGAGCAAAAUUGGGUUUGAUAUUAUGAUAAUAAGUUUGCAUGUAGGCAUACUGUUCAUCACUGGAGACGUAGCUCCUGGUACAAGAUCCCUCUUAUGGACUUGGAUUCUUGUAGGGAUCUUACAAAAGAGAAGGUAAAGACACUGUAGAAUCUAAGCUCGAUAAUUCAAUUGUUAGGGUUGUCGACCACAUUAUACUUCAAAAUACUUGUUAUCCUCAUGAGGUUGUAAGGAUCCGAUCGUGUGCAUCUAAACGUGGUUAGGAGCUUAAUAUUUUAUGUCUAUUGAUCUGUUUUAA